GUAUAAUUACUCUUAGAGUUCUAUAGUAAAACAUUAGGCGCCCAAAAUUCAAAAGAAUACGUUUAAUGCGAAAUUUGUGAAACAUGUCACUUCAAUACACGGCACAUAUAAACGCCAUCAAUAUUACCAAACCAAAAUUGGCAUUCUAUGACAUAUUGUCAAAACUAUAAGGAAAAACGCUUAGCAUCAUUUGCAUCUCAUAAUUUUCAUAAUAUGGACCAUAAAAGCGACCAAAUUAUCGAAUACACAUCAAGUCCGUCAACCGAUGCAGCCAAUGACCAGAAAAGAAGAAGCUCACAACGUUCGAUCAAAAGAAAACGAUUUGAUGAUGAAAUAGUUGAAUUCAGUCUCGGUAUACCUCCAACGCCGUAUCGCGUUGGUGCUCGAUCCCGAACCCAGUCGCAAACGUACGUUGGCACGUUUGCCGAAACUCCGACAGCCGUUUUACCACCGCCAAUUGUUGUACCUGCAUCAGCCCCACCAUUAGCCGCUCCGCUUCCGGCACCAAUGGUGCCAAUCCAGACCACAACCGUUGUUUCGACUCCUACAGUUGCAACGAUACCCACCGCUAAUGUUUUACCAAUGGAAAAGCGGAGACAUUUAAAGAGCAACAAAAAGAACAAAAAGUCUCGCGGCGGCAAUCAAAUAACCACAAAAGAUCUGGGACGCUGGAAACCUAUCGAUGAUUUGGCCUUGAUUAUCGGGAUACAGCAAACAAACGACAUUCGGAUGGUUCAUCGUGGAACAAAGUUUUCGUGCAAAUUUACCGUUCCGGAGAUGCAGUCACGAUGGUAUUCACUGCUGUAUGAAGAACCCAUAUCGCGUAUCGCAGUCGCGGCUAUGAGAAAUCUUCAUCCAGAAUUGGUUGAAAGUGUACAGAGUAAGGCUCUGUAUUCGGUUCAAGAGGAAGAAUUGCUGGGAACGAUAAAGAGUUCGGAGAAUCCGACUAUAGAGACUUUCCAGGAUUUAUUGGACAAGAACGCCUCAGCAUUUUAUCUGGCCAGAACGGCGAAAGCAUUAUUUACCCACUGGCAACUGAUGAAACAGUACUCCCUCUUACCCGAUCAAAUUGUUCAGCCGAAUACCAGACCCGAUCAACUUUUAAGCUUCUCAGACGCUGAAGAAUUGUUGCAAGAUUCUGAGUUGGCUGAACCGAAGGAUGAAGUUCUCGAUUUGGAAUACGCGCUAGCUGAUCGGGCAAACAAAAAGGAAAUUCGACAGCUCGAAAACGAACUAACUCGAUGGGGUGUACUCGUUGAUUCAUUAACUGGUGUUGGCUUUGCUCCAGAAUUUGAUAAUCAGACUCUAGCAGUUUUGCGUGGAAGACUUGUGCGAUAUUUAAUGCGGUCGAGGGAGAUAACAUUCGGGCGAACCACUAAAGAACAAACCGUUGAUGUUGAUCUAACCCUUGAAGGACCUGCGUACAAGGUGUCCCGGAAGCAAGGAACUAUAAAGCUUCGCAGUAACGGCGAUUUCUUCAUUUCGAAUGAGGGCAAACGACCGAUUUACAUUGAUGGUAUGCCGUUGCUGUCGGGAAGCAAAAAUCGAAUAAAUAACAAUUGCGUUAUCGAGAUUGCCGGUCUACGAUUCAUUUUCCUCAUCAAUAAUGAGCUCAUCAAUGCGAUACGUCAGGAGAGUGCCAAAAUGAAUGGGCCGCUUAAUUAGAUGGUGUGUGCUAAAUGAAGUAUUUUGUGUAUUUACGAUGUUCCAAUAAAUCGUAGUGGCAAUGUAUACUGACUAAUUUGAAAAA